AUGGCUGUCAAGACGAAAAGGUUUAAUGCAAAGAAAGUUUUUGGUAAAGAACCGCCUUCUAGUCCUGCAAGAGAAAGGCCGUCAAAAAGGAUAUCCACCGCACCCAAGGCUGGGGCCAAAGUGGUUGACUUUUACUCUGGUGAGGAGGAUGACGAUGACGAUGACGAUGAACCAAAGUCAACUCAAAUAGGAUUUUCAAACGAUGAGCUUCAGAAAACUGCCCGUUCUUUGCUCCAGGUGCGGGAAUCGCUUCCCGUCUACAAGGUGAAAGACGAACUUCUCAAGAGGAUAUUGGCGGAGAAAGUGUCAAUUCUGAUUGGUGAAACUGGAUCUGGUAAGUCUACACAGAUACCGCAAUUUUUGAUCCCACACAACAAAAGAUCCAUUGCCGUGACUCAGCCGAGACGUGUUGCUGCUAUUAACCUUGCAACGCGUGUUGCCCAGGAGAACGGAUCACGGCUCGGUGCCAGGGUGGGCUAUUCGGUCAGAUUCGAUAACCGUGCAAACUCCAGCACUAGGCUAAAAUACCUCACAGAUGGUAUGCUUCUGCGAGAGUUGAUGAUAGACCCAAAACUGUCGAAUUACUCUACUAUAAUUAUCGACGAAGCCCACGAAAGGACCGUGCUCACGGAUUUACUGAUUGGCUUUCUCAAGGGCCUUCUGUACGAUAAAAGGAAGAACGACAAAGAGUUUCGGAUCAUUAUUAUGUCUGCCACCCUGGAUGCAGAAAGAUUCUCCAAAUUUUUUGACAAUGCCCCGAUUUUGUUCGUGGAGGGUAAGAUGUAUCCUGUGAACAGAUUCUAUCUAGGAGAGCCUUCUGAAGACAUUGUGGAUUCUACCAUACGAACUGUGAUGACUAUCAACCAAAGUGAACAGCAAGGUGAUGUUUUGUGCUUUCUCCCAGGUCAAGAAGAAAUUGACAAGGCCGUUUCUUCAUUACAAAAGAUUGCGCCUCAGCUACCAAGAACCGUUCCAUUGCUCAUGCCUCUUCCGCUCUACGCAGCACUUCCGACCACACAACAGACAAAAAUAUUCAACCCUGUGAAGAGCCAUGAGCGCAAGGUCAUCCUGGCCACUAAUAUUGCAGAAACUUCCAUCACCGUUCCCGGGAUCAAGUAUGUAGUUGACUCGGGACUGCGGAAGGUAAAGGUAUGGAGACACAGCCUGGGUAUUUCCACAUUGCUUACAAUGCCUAUUUCGCAAGCCUCAGCAACCCAAAGAACUGGUAGAGCCGGUAGAGAGAGCAGUGGCAAGUGUUACAGGCUGUAUACCGAAGACGACUAUCUCAAGUUGGCAGAGCAAACUGAGGCCGAAAUUAUGAGAUCGGAUAUAAUCUCCUCGGUAUUGAUGCUGAAGAAACUCGGUGUUGAUGACAUCCUCAACUGGAACUGGCUUCAAAAUCCCGGCAAAGAGUCGAUGGUAUUUGCGCUGCAGCAAUUGUACUCGUUAGCUGCGCUCAACGAUUCGGGUCAAAUCACUGACUUGGGUCGCAAAAUGGCCGUUCUUCCAUUAUCGCCACAUCUCUCUGCAGUCUUGUUGACAGCAUAUGAAAUGCACUCCUUAGUUCCUGUGAUAGAUAUCACUGCGUGCCUUUCUGUGGAUAAUCUGGUUUUGAACCCGGCUUACGACAGAAGAGAUGAAGUCAACGAGAAAAGGAGAGCAGCGUGUAUUUUGGGUCGCAAAUACGGUGAUCUUGUAAUGCUCAAAGAGCUUCUGGAUAUAUUCCUGGAUAUUUCGGAUACACAGGAAAAGAAGCAGUGGUGCAGGGACCUGGAUCUAUCCUACAAAGGAUUCAAGAACGUCAUAAGAGUGAGACAGCAACUCCGCGAGUAUAUGGAUAAUUUACUUCGCACCAAGCGAGAUGGACCCUCGAUUUUUGAACUAGAAGGCGAGACCGUCGACGAGUUUACGGGAGAGGUCAAGUACGAAAGGACACUGGAUGUUUCGACUUUAUUAAAGCCAUUCAUACGUGGGUUCAUCUCCAAUACCGCAAUAGGAAUGCCUGACAGGUCUUACCGCACAAUCGGCUCGGGUCAGCUGGUAGCCAUCCAUCCGUCCUCGUUAUUGUUUUCCCAAAAACUGGAAGCUAUCAUGUACAUUGAACACGUUUAUACCACCAGAGGAUAUUCCAGGAAAGUGAGUUCAAUAGAGUUGUCCUGGCUGCAGGAAGCUGCGCCGCAUCUGCUGGGCCGCAGGAUGGCAGUUGACGGGUGA